AUGGCGUGGCGGGGAGCAGCAGGAUCAGACCCCGCAGGGCUGGCGAGCACCAGCCUGCGGACGCUGACGGAGAGGCUGCGGGAGCUGGCGCAGGGCACCCAGAGCCUGGUGCUGGGGGGGCUGCCGGCGGGGGCUGACCACCGGCCACCCCCCCUCACCCUCCUGGCCCAAAUCGUCGACCUGGUCGGUGCUGCCAAGGGGCUCUUCUCCUGGCUCAACAGGUACCUCUUCUCCACCCUCAAUGACUUUUCGGCCAGCCGGGACAUCGUCCUGCUCUGCGUCCAGCUGGCAGAGACGCUGCAGGCGGAUUGUCCUGCAGCUGAGAGGGACAGCCGGAUCCUGUGGAUUGUAAGUGCUGGGUGAGGAGGGGAUGGCAGGCAUGGGGGGCCCAGUGUUGCCAGGGCCCCCCCUUAGCCCCCCCGCUGUCACCCGCAGUGCCAGCACAUCGUGGGCAUCUGCGAGAGCAUCGUGGGCUGCAGCCCCCCGGCGCUGCUGGAUCGCAGGGCUGUGCUUCAGUGCGUGGGGCUGGCGCUACCCCCCGGCCUGCAGGGCAGCCCCCCGAUGUCCCCCGACAGCCUGUCGCUGCCCCGUGGCCUAUGGGGCAGCCCCCCAGCAUCCCCUGACACCCCAAAGCUGCCCCCCAGCCCGUGGGGGAGCACCCCGCCGUCCCCUGACACCCUGACGCUGCCCCCCGCCCCCGGCUUCAACAUCACUUCCACCAGCUCCUGCCUGCACUUCGUGUCCGCAGCCACCUCGGAGGUCUUGGCCGUCCACGGGGGCCACAUCCUGCCCGGAGACGAGAUCGUGCAGGUCAAUGAGCAGGUCGUGGUGGGUUGGACACGCGUCAACCUGGCGAAGAAGCUGCUGGAGAAGGCGAGCGGGGUGACGCUGGUGCUCAAGAAGAUCCCCCUCGACCUGCCCAGCUCACCCACCUCUCCCAGGCAGCAGCUCCCGGGAGCAUUUUUGGAUGCCGCGGAUCACCCCGGCACCAGGAGCGGCGAGUGCCCGGGCAGCCCCGUGUCCCUGACCUCCAGCACUGCUGCCGACUUGGACUCAGGGCCAGACUCAGCACCGGACCUCAUCACUGACGAAGAGGACGGAGGGGAAGAGCGGGACUUGAGGCUGCCCGGGGCGACCGUGGAGGAGCUGCCAGGGCUGCCCGGCCACGGUGCUGCGGAGGAGGUGACGUGGGAGGGUGACACCUCAUCGGGCACCCCGUGCUCCCUGGGCACCCUUGCUGCCACCGGACCUUGUGCCACAGUGCUCAGCCCCACGCCAGCCCCCACGGCAGGGACUGGGGGUGCAGAGUCCAGCCGGCUCCCUGGGGAGGGCAGUCCCCAGACAGGACACAGACCAAAAGGAGUGGCGACCAGGCUGAGCCGCCGGCGGGUCUCGUGCCGGGACCUGGGCCGGGUGGACUGCGAUGGCUGGCUCCUGAAGAAGAAGGACCACGUGGGCUUCAUGGCCCAGAAGUGGAAGCGGUGCUGGUUUGUGCUGAAGGGCCACACACUCUACUGGUACCACCACCCCAACGAUGAGAAGGCUGCGGGACUCAUCAACGUGGCCACCUAUGACCUGGAGAGCACUAGGGAGCAGAAGAAGAAAUAUGUGUUCCAGCUCUCCCAUCAGAGGUACAAGCCCUUCAUCUUCGCCGCAGAAACACUGGCUGAUUUGAGCAUGUGGGUCAGUCACCUAAUAACAGCCAAAACAAAGUACACGCUGGCCCACCAGUCGGUCCCGGACAGGGAGGAAGACUGCUACAGCGAGACAGAAGCUGAGGACCCCGAUGAUGAGUCCCCCAGGCAGGCAUGCGACUCGCCAAAGAAGAGGUUGCCCUCUUCUUCAAAUGCCCCGGAGAAAGCCCAGCUCUUCCCAGCCAGCGGCGAACCCAGCAGCGCAGCCAGCAGCCCCCAGGGCAGCCCCCGGCCCUGCUCGCCCACGGACCCCGCCGGGGAGGAUCUCGAGUGCCUGAUGCAGUGCCUGAAGCAGGGUGGGGUGUCCCUCAUCGGGCGGCAGCGGUUCCUGACACAGGAGCAGUGCCGCAAGUCCUUCAUCCGACGCAACAAGAACCCCCACAUCAACGAGAAGGUGCACGUGGUGCGAGCCCUGCAGAGCACGCUCAAGGCGAAGCUGGUGGAGCUGCAGGCUCUGGAGCAGCUGCUCAGCGAUGCUGCGCUCACCUCGGAGAAGUUCACGCGCUGGAAGGAAGAGCACCAAGAGCUGUACCAGGAGCUGCGGGAGUGGUGGGCACGGCAGCAGGGCCAGGAUGGCGACGGGGGGCUCGGGGCUGAGCACAGCACCCCUAAAGAGGCAGCCGAACCCUGA